AUGGCUGAGAGGAACUGGUUAGAGGAUCUUCCUUCUCAUUUGAUCUUGGAGGUGUUAACCUCUGGCCGGCUCAACGCUGUUGAUCUACUUAACCUUGAAUUAACCUCUAAGGUGUUUGGAGGAAGCUCUGGAGUGUUGUACCCUUUGAAGUUCAGAUCACUAGCUGAUUACGCCGCGUCUCAGCUUUGCUCUGUGCAUCCUGUGUACAUGGGAAUGGGUUUAGCUACACAGAAGGAGCUCUUUGCUAAUUGUGAGGGGAACUGGAAGAGGGUAGAGAAUGCUAUGAAGAACAUAGUAAAGCAAGUUACAACGGGAAGGUAUCACACAUUGCUAAUCAACAACUCAAAGGUUUACUCUUGUGGUUCUAGUUUGUCUGGUGUUCUUGCUCAUGGUCCAGAAACUACUCAAUGUGUAGCAUUUACUCCUAUAGAGUUCCCGUUCUCUGCUAAAGUUGCUCAGGUCUCUGCCACACAGAACCAUUCUGCUUUCGUAUUGCAAUCUGGAGAGGUUCUUACAUGUGGGGAUAAUUCAUCACAUUGCUGUGGUCACUUAGAUAUUAGCCGUCCAAUAUUUAGGCCUAAGCUUGUUAAGGCCUUGAAGGGAACUCCUUGUAAGCAGGUUGCUGCGGGGCUGCACUUCACUGUGUUUCUAUCAAGAGAAGGGAGUGUGUUUACAUGUGGAUCAAACACACAUGGACAGCUUGGUCAUGGCGAUACCUUGGACAGUCCAGUACCCAAAGCUGUUGAGUUUUUUCAAAACACUGGCCCUGUGGUGCAAAUUGCAACUGGACCAAGCUAUGUUCUAGCUGUGACGCAGGAUGGCUCAGUUUACUCCUUUGGCUCUGGUUCUAGCUUCUGUCUUGGUCAUGGAGAGCAGCAGGACGAGCAUCAGCCGCGUGUUAUUCAGGCUUUUAAAAGAAAAGGUAUUCAUAUUCUCCGUGUCUCUGCAGGGGAUGAACACGCCGUGGCACUUGAUUCAAAUGGCCGUGUAUACACAUGGGGUAAAGGUUACUGUGGUGCUCUAGGUCAUGGAGAUGAAAACGACAAGAUCAUUCCUCAGGUUUUAGUCAGUCUCAACAACUGCCUUGCUGUCCAAGUCUGUGCAAGAAAGAGGAAGACAUUUGUGUUAGUGGAAGGUGGAGUAUUGUAUGGGUUUGGGUGGAUGGGAUUUGGAAGCUUAGGGUUCACGGACAGAGGAGUUUCAGACAAGGUCUUGAGGCCAAGAGUGUUGGAGAGUCUGAAGCCACACCGUGUUUCUCAAGUUAGCACUGGUUUGUAUCACACAAUUGUGGUCACUGAAGGUGGUCGCAUUUUUGGUUUUGGAGAUAAUGAAAGAGCACAGCUUGGUCAUGACUCACUACGUAGCUGCUUAGAACCUACAGAGAUCUUUCUCCAUUGUGGCCGUUCUCGUAGCCGAGUUUGUUGA